AAACUCGAAAAAUGUAUUUAUUUACUAUUUUGGCGUUAUCCGUGUUGUAUGUGAUUGAAUAAAGUAUGGUGUUAUCGUAGUUUUCGUGGCUGUCGGUCGUCGGAGUCCCGGUACUGGUGGUCGGCGGACUGCGAUAUUAUAAUUUAUAGCACAGAAUAGAUGAAAUAAUAUAAUAUAUUCUGUGUUAAUAGUAAAUAGAAUAUAGUCCAUAUCGAAUAUGGUGUGUCUGUGUGCUAGACGGUAGUGUGCUACUCAAACUCGAUACUCGUACUCACUACUUGUUUGUCGGUAACGAAUAUUUCACUAUUUUAGUAUUAAUUGUAUGUUUUUCAAUGCUCGAAAUCAAACAAAUUCUGUCUAGUUGAACUUACAACGAUACAACCCCCCUACACUGCAACUCUUAACUAAAUUAUAAUGGCUAUGCUUCCACCUCGGAAAACGAAGACCGUGUCAACUGAAAAGAGUUGUAAACAUUCAAUGACGCCCCUUGAAACCCUUUUACAAAUGGGGUUCCCCCAAAAUCGAACAGAAAAAGCAUUAGCAGCUACCGGCAAUAGAGGAGUCCAAUUAGCUGCCGAUUGGCUCUUGGCUCAUGUCAAUGAUACUUCAUUAGAUUCCAGCACUAGUAGAGAGUAUAUCCUCUAUGCCUGUCCAAGUGGAUCAUUUAUGUAUGAGUUAAGGGAAUUUUGGAAUAAAUCAGCAAAUAAGUGUGGACGUAAUGGUGCUCAUAAUUUUUUGCCACAUAUUACUCUAGUAUCCUUUUUUCAGGUACCUGAUGAAUAUGCCAAUACACUAGUAUCUAUACUAAAAAAUGUUUUAGAUGAAGUCAUUAAAGAAAUGACAGUCAAUGACUUUCAUUUAGAAACUUACACUUCAUCAAAUUUUAUGGGGUUUUUUUUAUCUGAUCAAGGAUCAAGCUUUUUAAAAAAAAUUGCAGUACUGUAUGCAGAAAGAAUCACAGAGCUUGUUGGAGUUCAAGUAGAUCCUCAUUUAAAAUCUUUACAUUUAACUCUGGCCUAUCAGUUUGAUGUAAGCCAAAAAGAAACAUUGAAAUCAUUAAUUAAAUCCACAAUAAAUCCAUCAACACCAUGUCUAUGGGAAUUAAAGUUAUAUUCUAGAGAAGCAUUAGCUGCUUAUAAACAGGUGUAUAAGGUUGUGUAUGCACAUGUCCCACAAGCUGCUGAUGAACUAGAACUAAGAAUAGGUGAUUAUAUAUAUGUUUCUAAAGAAAGCAUAGAUAACUCUGUUGAUGGUUGGGCUGAAGGAAUGUCAUGGUUAACUGGAUGUAAUGGUUACUUUCCGCUAUGUUACACUGAACGUACUGCUGAAUCUGAUACAUGGACUCUACAUUGUUCAUUACCUUUAGAUGGUAGUUAUCACGAAUCUAUUGAAGUUAAUGAAACAAAUAUGACUGAAGAAAAACUAGUUGAAAAAUAUGGUACUAGUUUUGUUCCGGCUGAUUACACACCUCAUUCAGAACCUCCAAAAGGUCCCAAAUCUCAAAAAAUAUACAUAUGUCGACAUGGAGAAAGAGUAGAUUUCACUUUUGGAACUUGGGUGCCUUAUAGUUUUGAUUCCGAUGGGAAAUAUGUCAGAAAAGAUUUAAACAUGCCCCCAAAUAUUCCUCAACGGCGGGAUUUUCCAAACUCUUACCAAACCGAUACUCCUCUCACUUGUGUUGGUGAAUAUCAAGCUAAAUUAACUGGAUGGGGUAUGAAAGCUGCUCACUCAACCAAAUCAAUUCAACAUGUGUUUUGUUCACCAUCAUUACGCUGUGUUCAAACUUGCCACAAUAUCUUAGUUGGACUUGAUGUUGAUAAACAAGUUUCGAUUUGUAUUGAACCCGGGAUAUUUGAAUGGCUUGGUUGGUAUAAUCAGUCUGGGCUACCUGAUUGGAUGAAUAAUGAAGAGUUAAUAGCGGCUGGUUUUAAUAUUAAUUUCAAGUAUGAAGCUUUAGUAUCAUUGCCAUUCCUAAUUGAUAAUAUGUCAGAAACAGUUGAACAGUAUUAUAUUAGAUGUGAUGAAGUAAUACAGAAUUUAAUCAAAUCAACUGAACACAAAGGUGGUGAUAUAUUGCUGGUAGGUCAUGCUUGUUCAUUGGACUCUUUUUCAAGAUCGUUACUUCAUAAAUCUCCACGUAACAAACAAAAUUUUGUAAAAAUGGUUAAAGAUAUCCCUUAUUGUGGCUUAGUAACUCUAAUGACUGAUGGAAUUAAUGAUUGGACAUUUGUGGAUCCCCCGGUUCCACCAUUAACUAACUCUAUUAAUAAAAGAUUUAAUUGGAAAGUUUUAACCACAGACAUUGAUGUCUCCCCGAAUUAAGUUAAAACACGUUGACUGUUAUGUAACCGCUGGCGGUCUUCUGUAAGUCUUAAAUUGUAUACUCUUGUGACCACCGACACCCAUAGUUGAUCAUUACUACCAUGCCACAUCACCGCCGUUGACCGUAAAUUAAUAUGGUUUUAUAUUAUUAACUUUUCUAUGGCGCUACAAUAAUAUACUAAAAAGAGUGUUGUGGUGUAGUGGGAAUCAUUACAAUUUUUUGAUGUAAUAAAUAUUUUAUUUUAUUUUUAUAUUUUUCAAAUAUAACAGUAUAUUAUACAAAUUUGGAAUGACAUGGAAAAAUAUUCUUGGUGUGUCGCCGUGUCGAUAAUACAUAAUAUUAUCAGGUGACCGAUGGAGGUCACAUGAUAGUCAACGCAUUAAACCCAAAACUAGUAUGACCUGAUAUAAAACAAAAUAAAUGUCUUUAAAAUUAUAAGUUUUGAAAACCGCACUUAUUCUAACUUUGAAAAAAUAAUGGCAUAGUAUUGAAUAUUGUAUAUUUACAACAUAUGUUUAUUUUAAAUUAUUUAGGUUUUUAACAAUGCUGGGCAUUAACAAGUUUUAAAGUUUAAAAGUAUUUCUUAACAAAAUUACAUAAAGUAUUACAUUUUUAUUUAAAGCAACUUCUAACCUCCAACCUCUACAUUUAUCAAUAAUAUGCAGUUGCUAAUCUGUUAAUUAAUUAUAUAAACUUGUACAUUCAGUAAUUUUUUUUUAUUAC